AGAAGAAGAAGAAGAAGAAGAAGAAGAAGAUGGCCGCCGUUCCAUGGAGACCAGGGACGCCCGAGUGGUCGCUAUGCUGAAAGUAUAGUAGUGUGUAGCUUAGCUUAGCUUAGCAUCACAUAUCCAAGCUUAUGGAGUUCUAGUUAGCCAGGCUGUGUCAGUAAGAGUCGGGUCAACGAUGUGGAAACGAGGCGCUCGAAGCUCCGCUCUGGACCGAGCUCAAGCACUGCUGUCCGCCAAGAGGACCGGCAGGGGGCCCGUGGAGCCGGGGCCAGGAAACCCCGGGGCCGUGGAGCCGGGGCCAGGAAACCCCGGUGGUGUGGGCGGAUCUUUGAAAACCAAAUCUGCUUCUUCAGAUGCACACCUGUUAUUCUCAGAUGUGAGUGACCUGUCCUCGGUCAGCUCAGCUCCUGAGGGUGGAGGUGACCCCAUGCUGGACUCUGCUGCUGCUGCUGCUGGGAAGAGCCAGGAAAGAGAGGAGAGGCUUUCCACCAAGGAUGUCAGACCUCAGACCUCUCUGGGUGGAGGAGGGAGCAGGUUCUUGAAGAAAGCUCCACCACCUGCAACCAACAGCAGCCAGUCACCUGUCAGCAAGAGACUAAUGCAGCAGGGGCCUGAACACAGAAAUGUGUCAUCUUCCCAGCAGGGCUCCCAGACUGCUGCUUUGAGUAGGCUGGCUCAGAUUGAGAGCCGCAUCCGCAGCCACAAACAGGUUCAGGAACAGGCCAGACAGGGGCCAAAACCUGCGGAGACUCUAAGCUCAGACUUUGAAAUCUCACCACCACCAGCCGCCCAGUCCCUGGAGGCCCCUUUGCACCUCUCAGUACAGUCCAGCAGUGACCAGAGCCUGAAGGGGAUACAUUUCCUCAAGAACAAGACAGCUGUAGCUGCUAACAACAUUAAUACUGCUGCUGCUAGGUCGCCAAAAGGCGCCGAUGUCGGUGUCAGGUCCAGAGCUGGGGAUGCCGUAGUUCCUUUGGCGCGUUUGGAGACAAAGUCAGCGAGAGUAGUGAGUGGUGUGAGUCUGGAAAGUGAUGAAGAGGACAUGAGGAAACUUCUUGGAGGCUCGUUUGAUUCAAUAGACAACAGCUUCUUGAUACCAGGGAGACCCUCUUCCAUAAAAGCAGCAGAUAAGGUGCUCCACUCUUCACCUCCUUCCGCUGCUGUCCCUCGUUCAUCAACCUCCAACACAGCACCACCACGCUCCCCUGCCUCUCCUUCUCGUCGCAGUUCUCCUUUUCGAUUCACCGGUCAGGCUCAAGCCCACUUCAGCCCCUCUGUGCUCUCCCCAUCCCCCUCUCCUCCCUGUGUCUCCCCAUCUCCUCCAGGGAGAGUGGGGAGUCCACAGCGUUCCCUCUCCUCCAUGUCAGGCCGCGGGGAGGUGCUUUCUCUGUCGGAGCUCUUCUCUGUUGGGCCUGGCUCUGAAGAUCCCCACAGUGAGAUGAGUGAAGUUACCUCUGAAGACUUCAAGAUAAAUGUGAUGACAUUAGACGACCUUGUCCCCGCUCCCCUUGGAUUUACUGAGAGGACGCCUAGAAAGGAGAGAGAAGUCAAACACAGCGUCCCUUCUCCUGGACCCCCCAAAAUACAUCAAGAGUGGCCACGAUUGAAGGAGAAGGAGAAGAAAGAGGAGCAGCAUCAGGACGACGCAUUGGACUACCAAAGUGACUUUGAGAGUGAGAGCAGGACAGAGCCUCACUACAGUGUCAGCCAGGUUUCAGAGCACUUGCAAGGAGAUGGAGAUGAAGAGGAGGCGGUAUCCGAGGUCAGAGAGGAAGCUUCACAUUCAGACGUGUCCCGCUGGAGGACAGAAGACGAUUACUCGAGCACUUUCUCAGACACAAGCCGCUCCUGGACCUCAGAUCACAGUCAAAAACUCAGCAAAAGCGGGGAUUCCAGAUCCUCCAGAUCCUCUGUAUCACAAGGCAGCCGGACCUUAUCUCGCCAGUCAAGGAGGCGUGCUUCAACUAGAAAGGUUUUAAAAGAAACAGCAGUACAGACCCAGACUGACCCUCUGGCUUACACGUGGCCCGCCGGUGGGGCUGCUUCGGGUCCUGCAGUGGGCAUGACUUUCAUGGAUCCCAGCCCAGUGGUUACUCAUACUCUCAGUGCAGAACUGGUGGAAGCUCUCAGCAUCUCCAACCCAGCUGUAUUUGCACUCAAUGAAAUGCUGAAACAGCAGCUUGCCAUGACAAGGCGGUUCAUCGAAAGCAGGCGACAUCUUCACUCCAGCCUGGUGCAGAGCCUUGGACCACCAAACUACAGGUACACCACGCUGGAGGACACCAAGGAGUACAUUCGGACACACAGACCUCCCAAACUGAAAAUGGAGGAAGCCUUAGAAGAGGUGCUGCAGGAGAUGAGAGACUACCAUCAUAUCUGACCACUGGUACUGAAUGUCUCAGGUUACUGAACAACAGACAUUUGCAAUGUCCUUUUUAGUUUUUUAUAAAUAAUUAAAUAAUAUUUUUUCUAACAUGGAA